CUCGGGCUUCUUGGCAUAUAAAAAGGCUACUGCAGACAUUACGGCGAUAAACACACUACCACGCUCUUCUUAAGUCGCCCGCAUAACUUGCAUUCUCUUACAAGGCAAUCCAAUUAUUGAUGGCGUUUACGGCUUCAGACAUCUGCAAGAUCAUCUUUGCUUUUAUAUUGCCCCCACUCGGCGUGUUCCUUGAGCGGGGAUGUGGCGCUGACCUUGUACGUUCUUUCGGUUUUCUCUGUCAUGUACGAGACCAAAUUGACCUCAUCACUGUCAGCUAAUCAACGUUUGCUUGACUCUCCUUGGUUGGUUACCG